AUGGCCUCGUCGACGCCGCUCGUGGUGCUCUGCAGUGACCGUGCGCCCGACGCGCUCGUGCAGACUGCUGCAGCGCUGCAGGCGGGCGGUCUGCGCGUCGCCGCGCUCUGCUCUCCCGUUGUGGCUGCUGCGUUAGUGACUGCCAACGUGCCGCACGUGGCUGUGGCUACACCCGCAGACGUCCAGCUCAUGCUCUCGGACCGUGUGGAAGCGGUCCUUGCCCUGCCGCCUGGUGUCGCUGACGUAUACGAUGCUGCUGCACGUGCCCGUGUGGGGAACUGGAUCUCUGGCGCCUACUCGUUCGUCCGCACUGCUGCGUGGCACCACAAACAGAUCAGUGUCGUCGUGGACGAGACGGACUUGCCGAUGGUACAGAGCAAGCUCGCAAGCAAUGGGUCGCUCGUGUUCUCGCUGCGUGAACGACGUGCACUGGCAGAGAAGGCCUUUGCUUUGUUCUCCGAGCUGGACAAAGCGAUUGCUGCAAGUCUCAAUGGCGACGACGAGGUCGUGCACGACGUACUGCUCGUGGGCAACGGAGGCCGUGAACAUGCGAUUGCAUGGAAGCUGGCGCAGUCUGCUUCGACCGGCCACAUCUACGUCGCACCGGGCAAUGCUGGCACAGAGGACAGUGCUGCGGGCAUUUCUAAUGUGGAUAUUGGCGUGGAUCAGUACGACGAGCUCAUUGCCUUUGCCAAGCGCAAAGGCGUGUCGUUUUGCGUUGUUGGGCCUGAAGCUCCACUGAUUGACGGACUCGCAGACAAGAUGAAUGCUGCUGGUAUCCCCGCUUUUGGGCCUAGCAAAGCAGCUGCUCAGCUCGAAGCGUCCAAGGCGUUCUCAAAGGACUUUAUGCGUCGCAAUGACAUCCCAACGGCGGCGUAUCGGAACUUUACCGACUACGAAGAAGCCAAGAAGUACCUCGACUCGAUCGGCCACAACAUUGUCGUCAAGGCGUCGGGCAUUGCUGCUGGCAAAGGUGUGCUCAUACCGACGUCGAAGGCGGAGGCUCACGAAGCCCUGCGUGAGGUCAUGCUUGAGAAGGCUUUCGGAUCGGCGGGUGACGAAGUUGUGCUGGAGGAGUUCAUGACUGGCGAGGAAGUGUCGCUUUUGGCAUUCUGCGAUGGCCAGCAGGUCGUGUGUAUGCCUGGUGUGCAGGACCACAAGCGUAUCUUAGACGGCGACCAAGGUCCGAACACGGGCGGCAUGGGCGCCUACGGCCCUGCUCCGUGCCUCACUAGCGAGCUUGAGCGUGAGUGUAUUGGCAUUGUUGAGCGUGUGAUUGCUGCCAUGAAGAAGGAAGGCAUGCCGUACGUUGGCGUGCUAUACCCCGGCUUUAUGCUCACUCCGACGGGUCCCAAGAUCGUCGAGUUCAACUGCCGUUUCGGUGACCCGGAGACGCAGGUCGUGCUUCCGCUACUGCACAGUGAUCUGUUCGAGAUAAUGCGUGCUUGCGUGGAGCACCGUCUUGAUCCCUCGCUUGUGUCGUGGAAGAGCGGUGCUGCAGCUACUGUCGUGAUGGCGUCUCAGGGCUAUCCGAAUAGCUACCCCAAGGGUAAGGUCAUAGCGGGUUUGGACGACGCCGGUUCGCUGAAGGACGUGGACGUAUUCCACGCUGGCACGAGAAAGGCUGCGGAAGGUAGUAUCGUAACUUCGGGAGGUCGUGUGCUCGCUGUCACUGCCGUCGGUGCUUCGCUACAGGACGCUCUUGAGCUAGCGUACGAAGGUGUAUCGAAGGUCCACUUUGACGGCACCCAGUACCGUUCAGACAUCGGUUUGAAGGGUUUGUUGCAUGGUGCGAAGAAGCUGAAGCUAGCUGUACUGGGAUCCACUCGUGGCAGCAGCAUGCAGCCUAUCAUCGAUGCGAUCAAGGCGGGCGAGCUGAACGCCAGUGUUGACAUUGUGGUUAGCGACAAGGCUACUGCUGGAAUUUUGGAGCGUGCACAGAAGCACGAGAUUGAGUCCGUAGCUCUGUCGGCCAAGGGGAUGUCGCGCGCUGACUUUGAUGCGCAAGUGUCUGAUAUUCUGGUCAAGAAGAAGGUCGAUCUUGUGCUGCUGAUAGGAUACAUGCGCAUUCUGUCGAGCGAGUUCUGCAGAAAAUGGGAAAACAAGGUGCUGAACGUGCACCCGUCGCUUCUUCCGGACUUUGCUGGUGGCAUGGACCUGGCUGUUCACCGCGCUGUGAUCGAUGCAAAGAAGACCGAGAGCGGCUGCACGGUGCACUUUGUGACGGAGCAGGUAGACGCCGGUCCGAUCGCUGUGCAAAUGAAGUGCCCUGUUCUCGAGACGGAUACACCCGAGUCGCUGAAGGCGCGUGUCCAGCCACUUGAGGGUGCUGCUUUUCUGCAUGCGAUCAAGCUGGUACAGACUGGUGUGUUGCUGAAGAAGAAGGCUGGAAAGAAGGAGAUUACGUACGCAGACGCUGGUGUAAGCAUUGAUGCUGGAAACGAUCUGGUCAAUCGGAUCAAGCCGCUGUGCAAGUCGACUGUACGUGUAGGCUGUGAUGCUGACCUGGGUGGGUUUGGUGGUAUCUUCGACCUCCAGGCUGCAGGCUAUGAUAAGGACACGGCUCUUGUGGCGUGUACAGAUGGCGUAGGUACCAAGCUGCGAGUGGCGCAGCUCGCUAAGAAGCACGACACCGUCGGCAUCGAUCUUGUUGCCAUGUGCGUGAACGAUUUGAUCGUACAAGGCGCAGAACCUCUGUUCUUCCUGGACUACUAUGCUUGCGGGAAACUCGACGCGGAAGAAGCUGCUGAUGUGGUGAAAGGCAUUGCCGAGGGCUGUCGUCAGUCGAAUUGCGGCUUGAUCGGCGGUGAGACGGCUGAGAUGCCCUCUAUGUACCACGGCGGUGAUUACGAUAUGGCCGGGUUCUGCGUGGGUGCUGUCCGCAAGAAUGCCAUCUUGCCGCUGUCCGUGGAAGCUGGUUUUGCGGUGCUAGGGUUGGCCUCUUCGGGUGUGCACUCGAACGGGUUCUCGCUCGUGCGUAAGCUCGUGGAGAUAUCGGGUCUCGCGUACAGCGAUCCGUGUCCAUUCGAAGCUGGUAAGACGCUGGGCGAGAGUUUGUUGACCCCUACGAAGAUUUAUGUCAAGCAGCUGAUGCCCGUUGUCAAAUCUGGUCUCGUCCACGCGCUCGCUCACAUUACCGGUGGUGGGCUCUUGGAAAACAUUCCGCGUGUUCUGGCCAAGGAUUUGGCCGUGGACAUUGACUGUAGCAGCUGGCCACUGCCUCCCGUGUUCAAGUGGCUGCAGAAAAUGGGUAACCUCUCGGAUGCCGAGCUUGCCCGCACCUUCAAUUGCGGUAUCGGAAUGGUGCUACUCUUGCCCGAGGCCAACGUGGCAGAGGUCACGCGUCAGGUUGAAGCGACUGGCGAAAAGGUGUUCCGUCUCGGUACGACAAUUGCAUGUGCGUCUGGUGCGGAGCAAGUUGAGCUUCGCGGUCCUUUGGCGUAG